AUGUCUUCCAAAUUUGAGCGUAUGUUUUCGGGCUCUGCAUUGAGGCUAGCCAACUACAUCGAUAAACUUCCCAAGAUCUACAAUGUUUACUUUAUUGCCAGUAUUUCAACUGUUGCCGGUUUGAUGUUUGGUUUUGACAUCUCAUCAAUGUCUGCAUUCAUUGAUGCAAAACCCUAUGGCCGCUACUUCAAUCAUCCUGGCUCAACAUUGCAAGGAUUUAUCACCGCUUCAAUGGCUUUGGGGUCCAUAUUUGGAUCGAUCGCAGCUUCUUUUGUUUCCGAGCCAUUCGGAAGAAGGUUGUCUCUCAUGAUUUGCUCAUUGUUGUGGAUUAUUGGUGCCGCUGUCCAAUCAUCAGCUCAGAAUGUUGCUCAAUUAAUCAUUGGUCGAAUCAUUUCCGGAUUAGGUGUUGGAUUUGGGACUUCAGUGGCCCCUAUAUACGGUGCUGAAAUUUCACCCAGAAAAAGAAGAGGUACAGUAAAUGGACUCUUUCAGUUUGCUGUUGCAUUGGGAAUUUUAAUCAUGUUCUUUUUCUGCUAUGGUGUCGGGCACAUCCAAGGGGUAGCUAGCUUUAGAGUUGGUUGGGGAUUCCAAAUUGUUCCUGGUUUGCUUUUAUUUCUUGGGUGUUUUGCUAUCCCCGAGUCUCCACGUUGGUUGGCUAAACAGGGUAGAUGGGAGCAGUCAGAGAUGAUUGUGUCAAAGAUUCAAGCUGGAGGCAAUUCCGAAGAUGAGGAAGUUUUAAUCGAAAUUGCUGAAAUCAAAGAACAAUUGUUGAUUGAUGAGGAAGCCAAAUCCGUCACUUACUUCACCUUGUUUUCGAAAAAGUAUCUCUUGAGGACAGUCACAGCUAUGUUUGCCCAGGCAUGGCAACAAUUGACUGGUAAUAAUGUGAUGAUGUAUUACAUUGUUUAUAUUUUUCAAAUGGCUGGAUAUUCAGGAGACAACAAUUUGAUUGCAUCAUCAAUUCAAUACAUAUUGUUUGUCGUAUGCACUGUGCCCGCAUUGUUUUUGUUUGACAAAUUUGGUAGGAGACCAUUACUAAUUGGUGGUGCAUUACUGAUGAUGAUUUUCCAAUUUGGACUCACUGGUAUUUUGGGUAAAUAUUCGGUUCCAUGGCCAGAUUCUGGGAAUGAGUCUGUAACAAUUAGAAUUCCAAGUGAUAAUACCUCUGCAGCUAGAGGUGCUAUUGCAUGUUCCUACUUGUUUGUUAGCUCUUUCGCAGCAACUUGGGGUGUUGGUAUUUGGGUUUAUUGCGCUGAGGUUUGGGGUGAUAAUAAAAUCUCGCAAAGAGGUAACUCAUUGUCGACUUGUUCCAACUGGUGCUUCAACUUUGCCCUCGCCAUGUAUACACCCACUGGAUUUAAAAACAUCAAUUGGAAAACGUACAUUAUCUAUGGUGUAUUUUGUCUCGCUAUGGCGAUUCAUGUUUACUUGGGGUUCCCAGAAACCAAAGGUAAGAGAUUAGAAGAAGUGGGGCAAAUGUGGGAUGAAAAAGUUCCAGCUUGGAGAUCAGCUUCAUGGACACCAACCAUUCCAAUUGAUCCAGAUUCAGAGUUGGCAAGGAAGUUGAGUAUUGAUCAUGUUGAACAUGCUGAUUUCAAGAAGAAAGAAAGAGUUGGUGUAGACAACACCAGCUCAGCCGAAAGUGGCGAAGAUUAG